AUGGUUCAUGAAAGAGCAGCAGACGAAACUUUCAACAAUUCAACUCUAAACACAUCAGAAACUGGAAACGGAACUGUCACUAGUCAUUCGACUAAAAAGGAUGAUAUUCUUCGGAGUUGCCGCGAGAAAGAUGUGGAUGCCUUAAUCUCUCUUGCAACUUCGGAUGGAGGAUUGCUACAUGAUGAUCUUCGCAAACUCGCAUGGCCAAUCCUGCUUGGAUGUGAUCAAACUUCACCCGCGCAAGAUUCAUCUGCGCUCGAUGAUCUUCCGAGGCAUGGCGACGAAGAUCAAGUUAGGCUGGAUGUCAAUCGUGCUUUUAUAUACUACCCAAAUUGUGAGGCAGUUGAUAGAUCGCUAAAGCAUAUUAACAUGCUGAUAUGUUACAAUCCAGGUCAAACGGAUAACCACUUACAAGCCAAGAAAGAAGAUCUCUUCACCUUAAUCAUAUCCAUUCUCAGAAGACGACCUAGGCUGUGCUAUUUCCAAGGAUACCAUGACAUUGCACAGGUCCUACUACUGGUCUUGGGGCCAAAAGCCUCGGUUCCCGCAGUCGAGCGGAUAUCACUCUUUCGAAUACGUGACUACAUGCUGCCAUCCCUUUCACCAGCUGUGAAGCACCUUCAGCUGCUGCCAGCGUUACUACACUGCGCGGACCUCAAGCUGUACCAGCAUUUGUCUGGAACCCAGCCUUUCUUUGCCCUCGCUGCGACUCUCACGCUCUAUGCUCACGAUAUCCAAGAGUACAGCGACAUUGCGAGAUUAUAUGAUUUCAUACUAUCUCAUGAGCCAGUGGUUUCGAUAUAUUUGUUUGGUUCAAUCAUUCUCUCCAGGAAACAAGAGCUUCUUGAAAUACCUGUCGACGAGCCGGAGAUGAUACAUUUUACCCUUUCAAAACUACCACAGCCGCUCGACUUGGAGAUACUAAUAUCCAGCGCUAUGGAUUUGUAUAAAAGUUAUCCUCCCGAAUCAUUACCUUUCCGUGUUUGGAGAAAUAUAUCCCCGAACAGUGUCCUGAAAACGUCCCGUAAUCUAGCACUGGAGGCUAGCCCUGGGGAUGCAGAGGACCUCUUUCAGAAGCAAACGAGUGAGCUCCGGCGGGAUGAGAAGAGGCAGAAAGUGCUCGUUUUUCUACGGAGUCAUUCUCGAAUGUUCGGCUCGGUUGGGCUCGCAAUAUUCGUCGGCGUCCUCUCAUACUGGAUUGCGAGGAACAAUGAUGAUGUUUCCAGAACAUGGCGAUCCUUCACUGGCCGCAUAGUGUCAGCGAUUUGGUAA